AUGGCUCUCUUCCCGCGCAUCCCAUCCUCAUUCGGCCCCUACCGCUCUGAGUUGGGCCCCUUCUUCAAUCUCUUCAACGACACCUUCUCGGAACUCCAGAAGCUGUCCGACAACGCGUCCCGGACCUUCGCGCCUAAAUUUGACGUGAAGGAAGCCAAGGACAGCUACAUCCUCGAGGGAGAACUGCCCGGCAUCGACCAGAAGGACGUCAUCAUCGAGUUUGCCGACGAACAGACUCUGACGGUGAAGGGCAGGACCGAGAGCUUCCGCGAGGAGGGCACCAAGCCGGACCAAGCCAAAGCCGUUGAGGGGAAGAAAGACGAAGCCACGACGUCGGGCAGCAAAGAGGUAGCCACCACCGGCUCCAAGGAAGUGUCCAAGGCCGAACCGCAACACACUUACUGGGUGUCGGAGCGCAGCGUCGGUGAGUUCGCCCGCUCGUUCUCCUUCCCCAACCCGGUCGACCACGAGAAAGUCCGAGCCAGCAUGAAGAACGGCAUCCUGAGCAUCGUCGUCCCCAAGCUGCAAAAGGCGAAGACGUCGAAGAGAAUCGAAAUCAGCCAGGAGUAA